AUGCCACGUUCCUUUUUGGUGAAGCAGCCGAAGGUUCACGAUUUCUCGUCUUCCAACUACUACCAUCAGCACCAGAAGCACUGGGACGACUCGCACACUGUCACACAUGCCAUCACAGAGUCGGCCACCAACUUGGCGGUGCGUUUGAGUGAAAAUGGCUACAUCCACGAUUACAUCAUCCCCUCAGCUUUGCAGAGCACAAAGGAGGCAGGUCAUGAGCAGACUGGGCUUUCCUCGUUGCCCCUGUACUCCCCAGGUGGCAGCGGCGGGGAGGAGUUCUCCGACCACGACAUGGAGCAUCCGGACAGUCCUGUCUCCAGCGGCACAGUUGAGUCGGACGGCAGUGGCCCUGAGUUGGAGGUGUGUGGCAUCGGUGCCUUCCUCGUGUCAGACGGCCGCUCCCGCCGGAGGCCCAGCCAGAGGCGUCCUCGCAAGGGAGGCAGCCAGUCGGACAGCAGCGAGGGCGUCGGCUCGGCGGACUGCAGCCCCGCCAAAGGGAAAUCCAAAGGGCGCCACGUGUGCGGCGAGUGUGGCAAGUCUUACGCCACGUCCUCCAAUCUGAGCAGACACAAGCAGACUCACCGCAGCCUGGACAGCCAGCAGGCCAGGAAGUGCACCACCUGCCACAAGGUCUACGUGUCCAUGCCGGCGCUGGCCAUGCACAUGCUGACCCACGACCUGAAGCACGAGUGCACGGUGUGCGGCAAAGCCUUUAGUCGACCGUGGCUUCUGCAGGGCCACAUGAGGUCCCACACCGGGGAGAAACCGUUCGCCUGCGCCCACUGUGGCAAGGCCUUCGCCGACCGCUCCAACCUGCGCGCCCACAUGCAGACGCACUCGGCCUUUAAGCACUACUCCUGCAAACGCUGCUGCAAGAGCUUUGCACUCAAGUCCUACCUGAAUAAGCACUACGAGUCGGCCUGCUUCAAGGAGCACCAACCGGAGGACGACUGCAGCUCUGAGGACUGA